GUUGCAAGAUUUUCUUGUUUGUGUAGAGAGAACAACCUAGAAUACAUUUAGAAAAACCAGCUCGUUUUCAGAAGCGCAACACAGAUUUGUUUAUUUAUACAAUCGCCCAUCGCUGCAGAAGUGACUCUGAGCUGCAUCCAAUACUCUUUGAAGUCGAAGUCAUUCUUUGCUGCCGGCGACUCACCGCAAGAGGACAAACUGACGCUAAUCAUCCAUUAACAACUCCAUUGGUUAUUCUGAGCUUACAUAGAUUUUGUUGUUAUGCUGACUUUCCUGGGCGGCGCCCGUGAGCCAAUAGGAUGGCUGGGUGAGAGCGAGGCUUUCCUACCAUUCCAUUGUCCUGAGAAGAUUUCCUUCCGCUCAGCACUAACUCUUAGCGCGGACCGAACUCCGCUUCCCUGGAGAUGGCUCCGCCGGGCCUCAUUGCCAGCUGACGAAACGGUUGCUCGUCUUUAGAAAGGCAAUUCGAAGAGCCAAUCAGUGUCGGCCAGGGCGGAGCCUCGAGGCCCGUUGCCAUAGGCGGAAAAGGCUGGCGCCCUGGCGCUUUGUUUCUCAGUCAAAGGGCUAAAAUGGAGGCGUCUGUGGGGGGGCUUCUUUUGCCGCUGUUGGUGGUGCUGACGGGAACGUCUUUAGCGAUGGGCUGGGAGCAGCCGGAGAGAGUUCUAUUGCGGGAAGUCCAAGCCCUGACACUGAACCGGGGAAAGUACACAAAUUAUCGCAGAACAUCUCCAGUGCCCCAGUUGCAAUGUACCGGAGGCUCCGCUGGAUGUACAGCAUAUAACCCUGAGGUUGUUCAGUGUUACAACAAAGGUUGGGAUGGCUACGAUGUGCAGUGGGAAUGUAAAGCACAUUUGGAUGCCUCAUAUCGCUUUGGAAAAAUUGAAGUAAGCUGUGAAGGCUACGAUUACCCAGAUGACCCUUUCAUUUUAAAAGGAUCAUGUGGCUUGGAAUACACUUUAGAGUUAACUAAGGAAGGACAACAAAAAGCUAACACCUUUUCUGGGACAUAUUAUUCUGCAACUUCUCAUGAGUCAUUUGGUUCUGGAAUUGGAGUGAUCCUGGUAAUAUUAUUUGUUGUUUUUGUUUUUGGCAUCUACAAGCUAUUCCUCUGUGAUAACCGACAACAUAAUUUCCCUAAUGAUGAUGCACAUUCAGGAUCAUAUGGGCAAAGUUAUCAAAGCCCACCUCCGCCAGGAUUUAAAUCAAAUUACACAGGAGCUGCUAGUGGGUCCAGCUAUGAUUCCAAUUCAGGGCCAGGUUUCUGGACUGGAUUAGGUACCGGAGGACUUCUUGGAUACUUGAUUGGCAACCGAAGGUCACCUUCAGAUCACAGGUAUUCUCCUUAUUAUAGCACGUGGGCUGGUCCAUCUGCUCCACCUCCAUUUACUGGUUCAUUUGGCAAUUCACAUAGCUGUUCAUCCUCUUACAGUUCAGAAACAAAACCUACCUCUGGCUUUGGAGGUACAAAAAGAAGAUGAAGUUUACUUUCACUCUACCUAAGCAAGUGAAUAAAGCAACAAUUUGGCAAUUCUGAAA